GUAAACAGUGGCGAGCACGCACACAGCAGGACUGCUGCCUCGGCCUUCAUGGUGGUUGGGACGCUUGGAGUAUGUAUGAGAAGUUAACCAUGCUGAACCUGCAGAGUGGCUCAAACUGGAGCGGGCCUAACAACUGGUACCACGACCCCACCGGAGUCCAGACUCAACACAGCACAGUGUCCGAGGGCUGCCUGUUGGACGCGGAGGGCGGCAUUGGGGGAGAUGCGGUAGUCGGAGGCGGCGGCGGCGGAGGAGGAGGAGCAGGAGGAGGCGCGGGCCGAGCGGGAGGCGUCCCCGUGGACAGGGACGAGGGCGAGGAGUCUCAGCUGAGGCUGCAGCUCAAGAGGAAGCUGCAGAGGAACCGCACCAGCUUCACGCAGGAGCAGAUCGAGGCGCUGGAGAAAGAAUUUGAAAGGACACAUUACCCAGAUGUCUUUGCGAGGGAGAGACUGGCCAAUAAGAUCGAUUUACCCGAGGCCAGGAUACAGGUGUGGUUCUCGAACCGAAGAGCCAAGUGGAGGCGGGAGGAGAAGCUGCGCAACCAAAGGAGGUCGGGAGGGGUGACUUCCUGUUCGCAGAGCCAAGCCCCCCUGACCACUUCCUUUAAUACCUCCGUCUACCACCAACAACACGGCAGCAGUUCGGGGUCCAUGUUGAGUCAGGCCGAGUCGUCGCUGCCCAGCUACAGCUCGCUGUCAGUCUUCUCAUCUGGAGUCCAGUCCAUCCCUCCGCAGUCGGCCUCCUCGUACUCUUGCAUGUUGCCUCCAUCUCCAUCUGCCCCGCGCAGCUUUGACUCGUCAGCAUACUCCUCCCCUCACCUCCAGACUGCGCCCUCGGCCAACUCCAACACCGGAGCAAUUUUAGAAUUGAUGGAGCUGAUGUGGAUGCUUUUGAUUCUCCCCGCGUGCGCGUCGGCUGUGCCCGAGCAGUACAGCAGAGCGGUGGAUUGGUUGAGCAGGUACGGGUACCUCCCUCCGCCCGACCCGCGGACGAGCAAGCUGCAGACCAAGGAGGGCAUAGAAAAGGCCAUACGCGUGAUGCAGAGAUUCGGCGGCGUGCGGGAAACCGGCGUGCUCGACGGCGAAACGCUCAAGCUCAUGUCGACGCCGCGAUGCUCGCUUCCCGAUAUUGUCGGAAGCGAGGACAAGCUGAAGAAGAGGAGGAGGAGGAGACGGCGAUAUGCGCUGUCGGGACUCAAGUGGCACAAGAGCGACCUCACAUGGAGCGUCCACAGCUACCCAUCACCCUCCCUCUCGCCGGGCCUGCCGUCCUCCUUGGUGGACAACAUCUUGACGCACGCCUUCAAAGCCUGGAGCGACGCGGCUCCUUUGACUUUCCGCCAGCUGCCGAGCGGCGGAGGCGCCUCGCGUGGCGGUGACAUCAGGGUGUCCUUCAACAGCUUGCUACACGACGAUGGGUACCCGUUCGACGGGCAGGGCGGCACCCUCGCGCACGCCUUCUUCCCCGGCAGGGACGACGUAUCGGGAGACACGCACUUUGACGACCAUGAGAAGUGGAGCUAUGGGGGGGACAGCGGCAGCACCACAGACUUGUUCACGGUGGCAGUGCACGAGUUCGGCCACGCGCUGGGCCUGUCGCAUUCCUCGUCCGACCCCUCCAUUAUGAGGCCGUACUACCAAGGUCCCGUCGGGGACAUCCCCAACUACAAACUGGCCCUGGACGACAGACAGGCCAUACAGCAGCUUUAUGGCACCAAGGAUCCUGGGCGACCAGGAGGCGUCGAUCCAGAUCUCCCUCGUUUGCCCAGUCCUCCCCCGACCAGACCGGCAAGACCGGAUGACCCUUCUGUUCACGACCGCUGUCGCGGGGGAUUUGACGCAGUCGCAAACAUCAGAGGGGAGGUCUUCUUCUUCAAAGGUAGUAAUUUCUGGAGGACCAAGCGAGACGGCUCUCUGGUGUCAAAUAAUCCAGCCCAGAUUAAAAAUUUCUGGAUGGGCCUUCCUCCCGGAACCAAUAAGAUCGACGCUGUGUACGAGCGCAAGAGUGACAACCGCAUCAUCUUCUUUAUUGGAUCUCAGUACUGGCUCUUCAAGGACACAAUGGCCAUGAGCGGGUAUCCUCGCCCGCUCUCCGAAUGGGGCAUGAAGAGAAAGAGCGGGGCGCCGGUAGACAGGGUGGACGCCGCCUUCAUCUGGGCUCACAACGGCAAGACCUAUCUGUUCAGCCAAGGCGAGUUUUGGAGGUUCGACGAGAGCCAGAAAGGCCAGCACGAGACCAGGCAGCCCGAGUCGGGGUACCCGCGCGACAGUUCCCUCUGGACUGGAGUUCCGUCCCAUAUGGAUGACAUCAUCACCUGGGGCGAAGGUGAUGCCUAUUUCUUCAAAGACAACCACUACUGGGUGCUCAAGAGCGGAGGCUUGGACCAAGACGUCGUGGAACCCAAAUCCAUCGCCGAGGACUGGCUACGUUGUCCAGCCCCCGCCCCGUCCUCGGCUCCGUCCGACCCCGACGGCCCACACAGAUGCCGCUGCGACCUCACUGGGUCGUCUUCAUCUCUCACGAGCAACUGCCUACUGGUGUCAGUUUUGCUGGCCGUUAGGGAGCUCGUUAUUAAAAUAGGAAGUUUUGGAGCGGUUUAUGGUUUGUGACUGCAGGGGGAGGGAAAAAGGUUGAAUACUUUCCUUAAUCACCACAUUGUCAACUAUUUUAUACUAUUUAAUUUUCUCAUACUGAUCUAUAGUAGAAAUACAGUGGCGACUUGAGAUACAAGUGACCCAACUUGUGGGUUUUUGGGGCUGUGAGACAUUUUGUCGUUGAUUUGUUGUAUAGUGACAGUGAACUCAACUCAACUCAACUCAUUAGGGAGCACUUCGGAAAACUGUGAACAAUUGUUCAAAAGAGCUUUCGAGUUAUUUAAUGCUACCCCCAGUUGAUGCUUACUGUCAAACUAAAUAUGAAACUCGAAGAAUGAUGUGUAUAGAAAACAAACACACAGAUUAGCCUUUAGCCUUUUAACCUCUACGUAGCUUAAUCCUGACACACAAUGAGAAACUUUUCAUUAACUACUGGUGCAACAACACAUUUUGACAUACACUAUGACAUCUCUAUCACAUUGCUAUAACAGUACCCAAUCAUCUAUUUUUUAUCCUCUGUGAGGAACUGAAACGCUGUACUUUACACACAUCCACCCACGUACAGUAUCUCUCCGCCUGGCCUAUAUUGCCCCCAGGUGGCCAAGGCGGGCAACAGCCCAAUGGCCAUUAAGUGACGCAAAUUGUGACCAAAAAAAAAAAACAAAAAAAAAAACGUGUACAACAUUACAGAGAAAAAAACGUUUUUUUGGGGGGUGGCUGAAACGGAUUAAUGGCAUUUCCUUUCAUUUCAGUCGGGAAAAAUGAUCUGAGAUAUGACAUAUUCACAAUUUACGGGCAUGGCCAGGAAACAAAUCAAACUCGUAUCCCAAGGCACAACAGUAGUGUAUACCAAUUUAGCAAAUAAAAUACUUCACCUGCACAGGGAUUUUUAUCCCCUUCAUUUGUAUAUAAAACGGUAAUUUUAUAUAUAUAGCCCCCACGUAAAUGAAUGAAAAAACAACAGUCGAAAGUGUUUUUCAUUUCCAGUAUUAAUGAAUAGCAUAACAACAGCGUCAAUCAAAGCCGAGCAAUUUCAUCUUGGCGAUGACAGGAGUUGUUCAGCGAUUGUUUGCGGUUGCCAUUUAGUUGCGCAAUUUAGAUCCGUGUAAAGGAACGGAGCAAGUUUCAACUCGCGUCCUAUUGAGCCGGAUGCGGAAUCAUAUUUUGGCAUAAGAAUUCAUCUCGCGUGGUAACUUUGCACUGGAGCCCGGGACUCGUCGAUGAGCCGUUCCUCCCAUUUCGAAAACAACUUAAUAGCAUGGGAGAGUUCGCCGGAGAGGAUGUCUUUGUUUCAGGAAUAAAAAGCACAGGUAAUUCCCAACUUUAUACAUGUUGUACUUUCUCUGUGGCAAAUGAAAAGAAAACAUAUUAAUAGCGUGUUUUGUUCAGCGCGGGGUUAGAACGGUGGUGCCCGGACAUUUUUUUUUACCCCAAGAUCUACUUUUCAAGUAGCCAGCCUCUCCCGAGCUACCGAUACCGUUUUAGGGUUGAUGUUAUGUUGCCUCCUAUAUUUAAAAUACAGAAUUAGCUUUUUUUUUGUGCACUGCAUUGUCUGUGAUUUUAUCCCGCAUCAGGCUAUGCUAAGGUGGAAUUUUAAAAUGACACACCAUCGCAUCCUGCACUUUCCAUGUUGGCUUCAGACCAGACCUUUCCCACUCGAAAGAGAAAAUAUCGUCCAGUUUAAGCACUUUUUCUUCGAUUAUUCACAUAUUCCGACAGUCACUGCAUCUUAAAACAACACCAUUUCUUUUUAACUUUCUCCAUUAAUAUCAAAAGUAAACAUAAGCAGCAUCUUUGCUCUAUGUUGCCCGAACUGUGUUGCUAACUAAAGCAGCGGUUGUGGACGCUGUCAUUAUAAAACACAUUGAUGGGCUAAGUAAGUACUGUCACGUUUGUAAUUAUGAGUGUGGGUGGGACUAUGAAAAAGAGAGUGUGGCGGAGCAGCCAGAAAGUUCCAUGUGCUGCCUAAAAGAAACCAGUGGCUUCUUCUUUUCAUUUUUUUUUUUACAGUACGUAUGAGAAUUGUGCCAUCGGAUGUAACAACCAGUCAUCCCUCACUCACUGAAUCCCAUUGCAAAAUGCCAUAAACUGAAUAGCUGUAUGAUAUAAUUUCAAUUUGCAUUGGAUUAUUAUUAUUAUUGUGGGGUUUUUUUGCGCGCA